AGAAAACAAACAUGUAUUUUUUGAUCAAAAAAGAAUUUUAUGAUAAUACUAUUUACGAAGAAAAUAUUUUACCAGGGGAACGUGAAGGAACUAAUACAGAAACUAGAAUGCACAUGAGGAACAAACGUGAGAACAGGAAACGAGGAAAUAUUAAAGUAAGCGAUAUUAAAAAAGAAGGAAUGGAGAUAAACAGGACAAUGGUGAAUAGCGAUAUCUUUCAAGCUCUUUUCCCUAUUUAUCAUAUCAGCAAGGCGUGUGGUUUGCUUCCAGUUCGUUUCACGAAACAACCUCAUGGCCGAUACCAAGGUCGUUUGCAAAUGUUUGAUGUAAUUUACUGCAUAUUUCUUCUUGGAGUUAUCAUGGGUUUAGAAGCUUGGGGUCUAUGGCGAGAAAUGAGAGAUGGCUGGGAAAAUAGCACCAGGCUAAAAUCUCGUUCAGCCGUAAUACCAACUUGUAGUGAUAUUCUUGGAGUAAUAAUAUUGGCUAUUAUUGCUGUAUUAGGUUCGCCAUUUCGUUGGAAACACGGGCAGAUUGUUCUUAAUAACUUGGCCGAGAUCGACGAAACGUUGGGUAUCGUUGCACCGAAGAAAACUCGUAGAUGUAGCAUUGUCUUAGUUACUUGUGCUCUUACCUAUCUUGUUAUAUUAUCGAGUCUCGACAUAUGUUGGUGGGAUCGCGAUUCGAAAGCAAAUAAAAAAAUGAAGGACAAGGGUGCGAUAAACUACUUGCCAAUUUAUAUCAUGUAUAUGAUCAUCAUUAUAUUGGAAAUCCAAUAUAGUCUUAUCACAUAUAACGUAUAUCAGAGAUUUGUGAGGCUUAACAAAUGUCUUGAAAGUAUCUUAAAGACGGGCAAGGUGACCGAUCAUUUUAGAAAAGAUCUUGGCUUGGCCGGCGAUUUUAAAACUCGAGAACAACCAGCUUCGUACAUUCGUAUAUCCAAGCCCUUAGAAUGGUAUCCUGUUGGAUUUGAAACGAAGAAUUUUGCAAAUAAUAUAGCUCAACUCGUGACGGUGCACUCGUCUCUAUGCGACACGGUUUCAUCUAUAAAUAAUGCCUUCGGUGUCGUCAUGGUAGUAGUCACUCUCACCUGCCUCUUGCAUCUGAUUAUUACACCCUAUUUUCUAAUAGAAGAAGUCAAUGGAAAUCGUCAAUGGUUGUCCCUUAUAGUUCAGACCGCAUGGUGCAUCUUACAUGUCACGAGAAUGCUUAUAAUCAUACAACCUACUUAUUCCACUGUCAUUCAGGCAAAAAAGACGGCUAUUCUCGUUAGCCAACUGCUUUCUUCUAAUCCAAAUGUGGAAUGUAGAAGACAUUUGGAAGUUUUUUCGCUUCAAAUACUACAUCGACCUUUGGACUUUACUGCUUGUGGACUUUUCUCUUUAGAUAGAUCUCUCGUUACAUCGAUUGCCGGCGCGGUAACGACGUAUCUCGUAAUUCUCAUACAAUUUCAAAAAGAAGACACUACGAAGGACGAUGUUGAUAACAUUUUGAAAAAUGCUACGCAAAUUUUGAAAAAUGCCUCGUCUCUCCACAAUCUCACAUCGAUCAAACAUAAUUCAUAA